UUUAAAGGAAUACGAAAAAACAGCUAAACACACACCGCUCCCGGGAUAUGGAAUGAUAUCUUGCCGUUUGCACAAUGCAUCAACACACGGCGCUGGAGGAGUCGUGCGCAUGCGCGUAGACGACUUUACCACAUGCGGCUCAAUCAGUCGUUUAUUCAGUGACCAGAAUUCAUCAGCUGGGCACAGGGAGCGGAGCCGUCCAAAUGCGCUCAGCCGCACUGUAAAUACUGCUCAUUUUGUCUUCUUCUUCGGAUCACCGUUGACCUCUACAAACUCAAAAUGGGUUAGGGAGAGAAUGUCUGGAUUGUUCGCUCUCUCCACUUUGCGAGGAUGGGGAGUCGGAAUUUCAGUUUUUGCAGAGGCACCUUGACAAAGAAGAAAGAAAAUAGGGGCAACUGAUUUGUCUCCCCUGUUCUUCCAUUUUCUUUCUUUAUUUUUUUCCUUUUUUUGAGAAAUGAUUGCAGAGUUGGUGUGUAGUGCCGUGGCUCUGGUCCUCUAUCUGAACACCCUGGGCGCUGAUUUCUGCUACGAUGACAGCCGCGCGAUCAAAUCCAACCAGGACCUGCUCCCGGAGACCCCCUGGAUCAACAUCUUCUACAACGACUUCUGGGGGACCCUGCUCACCCACAGCGGGAGCCACAAGUCGUACCGGCCCCUGUGCACGCUCUCCUUCCGGCUGAACCACGCGCUGGGCGGGCUGGAGCCCUGGGGGUACCACCUGGUCAACGUGAGCCUGCACGCGGCCGUGACGGGGCUGUUCGCCCGCCUGUCCCGCCUGCUCCUGGGGGGCGGGCGCUGGACGCUGGUGGCGGGACUCCUCUUCGCCUCGCACCCGGUGCACACCGAGGCGGUGGCGGGCGUGGUGGGGCGGGCCGACCUCGGGGCGGGGCUCUUCUUCCUGCUGUCGCUGCUGUGCUACGUCCGGCACUGCGCCCUCAGGCCCGGCCCCGCCCCCGGACCCGCCCACUGCUGGGCGCGGCUCCCGGGCUGCUGGGCGUGGCUGCUGGGGACGCUGGCGUGCGCCGCCUGCAGCAUGCUGUGGAAAGAGCAGGGCGUGACCACCCUGGCCGUCUCUGCCGCCUACGACGUCUUCGUCUUCCAUCGGCUCAAGCUGCGCCAAGCCCUCGGCUUGUUUAAGAGGAAGAACGGGGGCCUGCUGCUCAGCGUGAGCUUGCUGGCCUCCUGGGGGGCCCUCCUGCUGGGCCUGCGGCUGUACUGGAUGGGCAACAAACCGCCAAACUUCUCCAACUCCGACAACCCGGCGGCCGACUCCGCCAGCCUGCUCACCAGAACCCUCACCUUCCUGUACCUGCCCGCGGCCAACCUGUGGCUGCUCCUGUGCCCCAACACCCUGAGCUUUGAUUGGUCCAUGGACGCCCUGCCCCUGCUAAGGACCGUGUCUGAUUGGAGGAACCUUCACAGCGUGGCCUUCUAUGUCGGGGUGGCGGUGCUGGCCCGGUUUGGCCUGAGGAGCCCGGCCAAGCUUCGCGAGGUCAACGGCAAGGCCCACGUCUCCAACGGCAACGGCAAGUCCAGCUCCAACGGGCACAGCUACCACCCGGAGCCGGAGCAGGCCGACUCCGGAUCGGAGCUCCCCAAAAGUGCGGAGAACGGUACGAGGAACCACUGCGGUCCCAAGCCCCGCCCCCUGCCGUGCACGGAGGGCGUUGUGGUGUUCUCCCUGGGCCUGAUGGCGGUGCCCUUCCUUCCCGCCACGAACCUGUUCUUCUACGUGGGCUUCGUGAUCGCCGAGCGCGUCCUGUACAUCCCCAGCAUGGGCUUCUGCCUGCUGGUCGCCGUGGGAACGCGGGCGCUGUUCGUCCGGCUGCGCAGCCGAGCGUCCCGGACCGCGCUGCUCUACGGCACCGCCGCCCUGGUCCUGCUCUACGGGAUUAAAACUGUGCUCCGCAACCAGGACUGGCGCAACGAGGAGAUGCUGUACCGCUCCGGGAUUACCGUCAACCCCGCUAAAGCGUGGGGUAACCUUGGCAACGUCCUGAAGAACCAGGGCAAGAUGGCCGAAGCCGAGCGAGCCUACAGGAACGCGCUGCACUACCGCAGCAACAUGGCCGACAUGCUGUACAACCUAGGCCUGCUACUACAAGAAAGCAGCCAACUCACUGAGGCCCUGCACUACUACAAGCUGGCGAUCGGUAGCAGGCCGACGUUAGCCUCUGCGUACUUGAACACGGGCAUCGUCCUGAUGAACCAGGGCCGUCUGGAUGAGGCCAAGCAGACCUUCCUCACCUGCGCCAACAUCCCUGACGAGAACCUGAAGGACCCCCACGCCCACAGGAGCUCUGUGACCAGCUGCCUCUACAACCUGGGAAAGCUGCUGCACGAGCAGGGUCACCAGGAGGAAGCUCUGUCAGUGUAUAAGGAAGCAAUGCAGAAAAUGCCCAGACAGUUCGCCCCUCAGAGCCUCUACAACAUGAUGGGUGAGGCAUACAUGAGGCUGAACAGACUCCAGGAGGCAGGGCACUGGUACAGGGAGUCUCUCAGAGCCAAACCCGAUCACAUCCCCGCCCACCUCACCUAUGGAAAGCUCCUGGCUAUGAUGGGACAGAAGACUGAAGCGGAGCAGUACUUUCUGAAGGCCAUUAGCCUGGAUCCCACCAAGGGGAGCUGCUAUAUGCAUUACGGUCAGUUCCUGUUGGAAGAGUCCCGCCUACAGGAAGCGGCUGAGAUGGCGGAGAAAGCGGCCCGGCUGGAGAGCGGAGAGUUUGACGUGGUUUUCAAUGCCGCACACAUGCUCAGACAAGCUGGCCUCAAUGAUGCAGCCGAGAAGUAUUAUGGAGUAGCGGCGAGCCUGCGGCCUGAUUACCCUGCUGCUCUAAUGAACCUGGGGGCCAUCUUGCACCUGAAUGGGAAGCUACCGAGGGCUGAGGCCAAUUACCUGCGUGCGCUGCAACUCAAACCCGAUGAUGUCAUCACCCAAUCCAACCUGCGCAAACUCUGGAACAUCAUGGAGAAGCAGGGUCUCAAAACCAUGGGACCCUAGGUCUGAACACCACAUGGCCCCACGUCUGAACACUAUAUGGAGUCUGGACUCUGAACACCAUGGGACCCUGAGUCUGAACCCCACUGGGCCCGUGCCUGAACACUAUGGGGCCCCAAGCCUGAAUACCACAGUGCCCCAAGUCUGGACACCACUGGACCCCAAGUCUGAACACUAUGGAGCCCCAAGUCUGAGCACCACAGACCCUGAGUCUGAACACUAUGGUGCCCAUGACUCCAAACAACUUGGAUCCCUGGGUUUGUCUCUGUCUCUGUCUGUGAUUCUUCAUGGCUCUUAUCAGUGCAGAGGUCAAAGAUGCUAUUUAGGCAUUCCUUUUUAGAAUCAGAAUCAAGUGUAGCAACAGGACCUUCUACUUUACUCCCUCAGUUCUGAACCUGGACUACCUGUCCUAGGUCUGGCAGUAAAGUCCAUUUGAGUUUGUCUUCUAUGUUCAGAGGAUAUUUGGGCUGAUGUGUGUUGUGGGUCAGUGUGAGAACAGCAGGCUGAAAUUAGAAGCCUGAGGACAGCUGUGUUUAGAUUUGUGUCUCGCUCAUGCAAUGUUGUUGGGUUAGUGCUUCACUCAUACAGUUCUGUUGGGUUGGUGUCUCACUCAUACAGUUCUGUUGGGUUGGUGUCUCACUCAUAUGGUUCUGUUAGGUUGGAGUCACACUUAUGCAGUUCUGUUGGGUUGGUGUCUCACUCAUACGGUUCUGUUGGAUUGGUGUCACUCGUGGUUCUGUUGGGUUGGUGUGUCACUCAUGCAGUGCUGUUGGGGUUACAGCAUAGAUAUGAGCAUGUGCCAUUCUCGUUAGGGUUUCAAAUGAAAAUAUUGACAAAUUUCAUGAUGCCAUUCUUAGCCUUUCAUGUAUAUACACACUGAUCUACAGCAUUAAAAACAACACACAUCAGGUGUAUUAUACCCAGGAGAGCUGUCAGAACAUAAAUAUGAUUCAGUGUUGGUGCAACUUGAGCUCUAUAGUGGAUAUGUCUGUGAGCUCUAAAGUGGAUAUGAUCUCACUUUUGGCUGAUUAGAUUCCACCUGAAGAGAACAGGCUGCUGGAUUUGUAUGUGGAUAAAACAGUGGAUUUAGAAAAGAACAUAAUCAACUAAGUUUCUUUAUCCUGCUGUAAUGGACUGAUGUCACCAUCCCCUAAUACUGUACACACUAUCAGACUUCCUCUGACAGAUAUCUGUUUCUAAGGUACAUUACCUGCUAGGAACUCUUUCACCUGCCCUAGAGUGCACCCAAACGCUCUGUUAUGAAUGAUGUGUAUGUCUUUGAAGUUUUACCAAAUAUGUAUGUAGCGCGGUGAAGAAAUUACUGCUGACAUUUCAUAGAGUGGCUAUUUAUUUUUGAGCAGAAAGGUUAGAUGUCUGAGGUCCACUCUGCCUUAUCGCUUCACAAAAAUAUGCUGAACACAGUUGGCCUGGUAGCCUGUUAAAACGCAGUACUUCACCCCCCAGAAGAGAACUGAACACCAUACACCCCUGCCUCUGUGUCUUAGCAACAGCUGUACUCUGAAAGUGCACCUAAGGUACUACUUCCUGUCCAAUGGGCAUGAGAAUGCUGCUUAGCUGGUUUUGAUGAGUAUUGAGGACUUAUCUCCUGUUAAUUGUGCAGAAUGUUCCAGACACAAGCGCCGGGUGUUUAACAGAAACCAAAUAUACACACCUACAACAUCUGCCUUUCUUUCGAUACUGCACAACCACAGGCAUAUUUUUCAUUUGUGAUGGACUCUUUAAAUGUGUAUUGGUUUGUUUGAUACUUUAAUUCAUUUAUAUUGUUGUGCGUAAAGAAACCUUAAUAUAUAUUUUAAACAAUUGCAUUAUGGGAAAGAAAAGCCCAAGUUUGAAAAGGGAGUGUACACACAAGCCCUUCCCUGGCCCACUGUGUGAUCCAAGAACCUGUUAGAUAAUGACCCUCAUAGACCCAACCCUCUCCCAAGAUUUGGUACUUGGGUGUUUUAAUUUGCGUAUGUUACUGUUGUAGAGUGUGAGUCAUUUCCAGUAUUUAGCCACAUUAAGCAUGGAUUGGGCACAGCCCAAUAAUACAGUAUCAGGAAUAUUUCUUUGGAAGUAAGAAAGCUAUUUCUUAAGAUAAGAGUAAUGUUGUAUAUUAUUUGUAUUUUUAAUUCUUUUGAAAUUAUUUGAUUUCAUUUUACUCUUAACUUAUUUCUGUGUGUUAAUGUGGCUAACAAAACAGCUGGCACUGUGACGCAUCUUAAAAUGUUUUCAAAAGAGAAUUUAUAACACAGCUUCAGUGCAAACUGGUUAUUGAAAUAUCCCCUUUUGUCGAAUGAGUAGCGAUUAUGCAGGAAUGCAGUAAAAUACUGGUUGAGGUUGGCUUUGCAUAUAAAUGGUGACCAGCUUCAGUAUGCUUCUGACCCUGUCUGUCUCAUUCUGCUUCACCAUCAGGGAGAAGAUAUGGGCUUGAUAUACAAACACAUUCAGUUUUAGAUGAAAAUGAUUAAUAAUAUAUAAAAUAUACUUUGUAUUUUGGAGAUGGGCCUCUUUAAGUUAAUGUGGAUAAAAACAUGAAGUACCGAGGCACAGUUCCGGAAUGUUCCAGAUCUGUUGUCACAAUUAGCUAAAAUAUUGACUUGCUAAAGCUUACAUGCAAUCAUUUAAUUGCCCUGGUGAUAAAACGGUGAACACACAAAUGGGAGAAGGAUGAAAUUUCCUGUUACUGACCAACAAUUCUAAUCACAGCCUUCGGAAGGUAGUACUGUAAGUCAUGAUUACUGUGUGACGCGUUCAUGUUGUAUUCUUUUAUUACGUCUAAUACCUGUGGUCUGUGCACAGCCUCGCCUGUACUUUAUAUUUUCCCAUAAGCUCAGCGGUAACCAUGGAUGCGCACGGCUGCGGACGCUGCGCUCGUUUUCAGGCGGUGCGCGGCAUCGACCUUGGCUGCCGCGGUGGACUAAGUUCAGCCCCGCACAGAGCUCACUGCGUCCUGCGCAGGUUCCGUUCGAGAAGGAAACGAACCCCUCACGAUGUGUCUCCGCUCAGGGAUUUCAAACAGCGGGUUGUCGCGGGUUUGCGCUCACGCGGCAUUCGGAGAGUUUGCUAAAUUGAAAGUUUUAUUUUUUGAAAACUGUUGUAUUUGAAUAAAUUAUCGAAAUUUGUAGCAUUUCCUUUUUUUGUAUUAAAAUAACAGAUACGCCAGACGAGGCUUCCCCAAAAUGUUGCUUUUUCCACAAUAAAUUCAUGGUGACAAACUGA